CCAAGAUUACAAUGAUGAAAUGAAAAAUAUUGAUUUUACCUCCGAAUUGCAACGUCUCGAAGAAGAGAAUGCUUUUCUAAAAACAAUCAAUGAAUUCAUCGACGAAUGUAACUCAAGCACUCUAGAAACAAACACAAGGCCCAUACUAGAUUUGCAGCUCCAUAAGAAGACAAAGCCACUACGACAAGAGAAGGGUAAGAUAAACUAAAAAAAAAUAUACUCAUUUAAUGCAAACUCGUCGCCCCGAUAACACAUGACUGGCAGUGGCGGCACCAGGCUCAGAAUUUUUUUUUCGGGGGGGGGAGCAUUUGAGGGGCAAACUCAUAUUUUUGGGGGGGCAAGAUAGAAUUUUAAAAAGGUCCUGCUAUUUGCCCAUGCCGUUGUCACAGGACUUUCGCCCCCCCAAGAGAUUCGCCCUUAAAAGGGGAGCGAAUAUUCUAGGAAUAACGCCCCAGGGGGCGAAUACACUAGGAAUAUCGCUCCCCUUUAAGAUAUUCGCCCCCCCCCAUAUAUGCGACGUGGUUUAUUCCAAUAAUUUCGUGAUACUUUCAUCUUAUUAGUGCCUUACACGUUUCAGAAUUUAACUCAAGCAAAACUAAAGCUUUUUUUGUCUUUUUUGAAACGUUUUUUUUAGUAUUGGCAAGUUUUACCAUUCAGAGAUUUUUCAGACCGGUUCCAAAUAAUUUUUUUGAGGGGGGGGGCAAAACGGGGAUCAGAAAAUAAUUGGGGGGGAUUUGCCCCCCUCUUGCCCCCUCCCCCCCUUGGCGCCGCCACUGAUGACUGGAGAAAUUUAUCUGUUGAUAGUUCUAAAGCGUAAUAAAUAUUCGUGCAUGGAUAUAUUAGUUGCCUCACCUUUUACAAAUAAAAUUUUUCAGUUACCCAACCAUUUUCUCUUUUUUCUCCAUCUAUGAUAAUUUAUUUCCAAUCCAACCAAUCAUAUUCUCUGAAAUUCGUGUGCGUGAUGGAGUGUGAGUAAUAGCUAUAAAUAUACUUUAUUACUGUUGUAGUUCAUAGAGUAGCUCGAGAAUUCAAACUUUUGAAAAAUUGGCAGUUUAAAUUACUUUUGGAGUAAAUAAAACAGAAUUUACACCGGCAAUGUCGGUUUGGUACAUUAGUAUGUGAUACAAUUCACUAGAACAAAACAUUUUGACUUGAUAAACAAUUUAAAUGCUGUUACUCAACACUGACUAUUUUUACUUAUUAAUAAUGAACGGAACUCAAAAAUAUAUUUAUAUCAAUAGGAAGACAAUACCAUCUUAGGUCCAAAGUCCAAACAUUAAAUAAAUUUCAAAAUCAUACAAAAUAUGACCAGCUACAGCGAAUAUAUGUUUCAAAAUUGCAACGGCUGAACAGUAUAAACGUUUACAAAUUGACAAUAACAAACUCUUAACUAAGUCACAAUACAAGCUAAAUUGCACUGUAUAAUUUGUAGUCUGCUGUAAAACUCAUAAUAACCGAUAAAAGCAACGUUUGUAGAUCGAGUAGUAAGUUUCAUAAAUACAUAAAGCGACAUGUAUUUAAUAGGAUGACUUGUCAAGGCAGAUAUCCAAUGAGAAAACAUGCCAAAACAUCUCAACGAUUUCCAGCUGUUCAGUGUUUAGUUCAAAACCCAAAUUCACAGUUAUUGAAAGCGUAUAAACAUUGGCAUUGGGUCACAGUGAUUUAUGCGUAUUUUGGCAUACAUUAUGAUUUCAACCAAUAGCAUUUUUGAGUCCGCUCACGGCCCCAAAAUACCAAAUUUCCUUGAGAUUGUUGCAGGCCCAUAUUUAAUGGGCCUGCCACAUAGACUAGUCCCCAUCCUGACCAUAAAUGAUGAUCAGAACUGUUGAACAUCUCCCAUAAACUUCUCCCAUACCUAAAACAAGUUUAAUCCAAAAUAAGUUUAUUUCUUUCGCUUUUCUGCACAGACGAUGCUAUAUAUGAUGACGCAGAUAAGUACGAGAAGCAAAGCGAAAAACUACAAGAGCAAGCUGCAUUAGAAAGCGAAAUCGGGCGACUUACUCAAGAAAUACAGCACGCAAAGGAAGAGAAUCAUAAUUUGAUGAAACAAACCCAGGUACUUCAAAAGAAAAAUACUGAACUUACAACAAAUAUUCGACUGCUUCAAAAAAAAAAUGAUGACACUUGUGAAGAGAACGAGAACUUAAAAACAAUUAAUCAGCUCCUUCAAGAUGAUAACAAAAGUGUGCAAGACAUGAGGAAUGAAAUUCAGCAACUUCGACUAGAAAACAACAACAUGAAUAGGGAAAUACAGAAAGUUCAAGAAGAAAAUAACAACAUGCAUAGUGACAUGCGAGAACUUCAGCAAGAAAACAAUGAGCUGAAGGAAAUUCAGCAAACUGAAGAAAAUGCUAUGGAUAGCCUCAUUACAGAAAGUGGAUCAGUAGUAGUUUCACGUGAAGAACUAGGUAGAGGUGCCUUUGCUGCUGUUUACACGGGAGACUAUUAUGGAACUAAAGUAGCAGUUAAAGAAUUUCACGAAGUCAUUUUAUCUCCACAUAACGAGGAAAUCCUUAAACGCGAAAUAUAUAUUACAUCGCAAUGUCGCCACCCUAAUUUACUACAGUUUAUCUGUGCAACGAGGAGUGAUCGACAUUGUCUGUUGAUUGUAACAGAACUGAUGGAUAUGGCUUUGCGUACAUUACUCGAGCAACAUGCAAGAGAAAGAUUGCAGUUCGAAUAUCAGAAAGUUAAAUCAAUUUCCUUAGACGUAGCACGUGGCCUCAAUUAUCUUCAUUCAAAAACGUCAAACCCAAUUAUCCAUCGUGAUGUAAGCAGUGCCAACGUAUUGUUAUGGAUUGAAAAUGGCGCAGUAAGAAGAGCGAAAGUAUCAGAUUAUGGUUCAGCUAAUUUCAUGGAAGCUUGCAAUACAGCGAAUCCUGGAGCAGCGCUUUACGCUGCACCUGAAGCCAGCCGAGGUCAACAAGGCCCAAAGGUAAUUAUAAUUAAAAGUAUUUGCAAGAUCCAGUAAGACAACAGUCUAACUUCUGAAUCAAAAUAGCACAAUCAAUUGCCAUGAAUUUAUUUUGUUCAACACUCUAAUGUGGAUGCAAAGUCCGAACAGGUUUAAAUAAUAAAAAAAUCCAGACUAAACCAAGGGCUUAAUACAAUUUUGGCACAACUUUCAACUUUGUGCAGUUUUUCAUUUCUUCGAAAAACGCAUUCAUAAAUUAUAAUUACGAAAUUGAACUCGAACCACGUCAUUACUUUUACAAUAAUCAUCAGGAACAUGUAUUUUCGGCAAACUGUUAGCCAAAAUUUUGAUAAUCUUCGAGUUCACAUUAUCAAGUGCAGAGAUGAUGAAAAGUCGUAACGUGGCUUGAUCGUUUUCACACAUAUCACCACUUUGUUUACUGAUGACGUCAUCAAACUUAUUGCUACUUUACAUCAUAACUUGGACACGAGAGUAGAUUUCAAAACGUUAGGUCGCGAAGGUAAAUCCCUCAGGAAUUGCAUUAAUUUAAUCUGUAUUAGGAAAAAUAUAUGUUUGGUAUUCUCCAACCAAGUUGGGCAGUUUUAAUUCAGAAUACUUCCAGUAACAUACCUUUUACUUGUUUAUCUUGUAUAUAUUUACGCAGAUCGAUGUGUUUAGCUAUGGCGUACUGGUAUGUGAGAUGUCCAUUUGUCAGCUGCCUCAUCCUGAACAAGUUAAAAGAAAAGGUCAAAUGAGGAGGAUUCUGAAUGCUGGCAUCAAAGGAUUGGUGGAAGGUUGUACAGAGAUAGACCCACAAAAAAGGCCAACAAUGCAAGAUGUUAUUGAAAUUUGGCAAAACAAAAUAAGAGUUAACUAACCCUGCUAUAGUGCUAUAGUAUUGUAUAACUACUAAAACCUGCUUUACCAUUUCGAGAUAUUGUAUCAUAUUAAAUAGAGUCUCUUCAUUAGCCACGGCAAUCGUGGUAAACGCUUUAGCAUACUGUGUAAAGUAAAAGUCACAAAUUUGGCCUUUCAAGUUCAUGUUAUACAACCCAAACUCCUCCCACCCAUGAUUUCAAUGCUGUUCAUUAUCCGUGCUUUUGCUAAUGGAUAUAACCCUUGUAGAAUCCGACAUAUUUAUAACCUAUUUUAUACCUAUUUUUUCUCUAUUUAGCCCUAUUUUUUCCGUAUUUUUUCAAAAAUAUGACUAUUUUAUUACUAUUUAUCAAAUUUCAUAAAAUAGGAUAUGACUAUUUACACUCUAUUUGAAAUAUAUGUUAUUUAUAUUUUUCAAAAAAAUAGC